AUGCCAGUAAGGGCCAUCGAGCGGCGGCCGGAGGACGCCAGCGUGGUGCUCCUCUCUACGGACAGCGAGGGGGAGGAUAUGGGAGGCCCGUGGAGGACGGUGCGCCCGGGGCGAAGGGCGAAGCGGCGCCGGCUCUUGAGCGGCGGCUCGCCCGGUGGCGAGAUAUCGGCCGCGGCGACGAUAGCGCGCGCGUCACCCCCGCCCCCGCCUUUAACGCCGGCGAAUUAUCCGGAGCUGCCCCGAACACCAUCCGCGGAGGGGCAGCCCUCACCAACUUUGAGGCCGGCGGCUGUGCGAAGCCGGCUUUCUCUUCCGAGGACGGAGGAGACUGGAGGAGACACGGUGGGUACUGACGCCAUUCCCAGCGUCGCCCAUCCGAGUGCUCCCGCGAAUGUCCGCGGAGUCAUGGGCCGUCCGCGCACCCGUGGGACCCGCGUACAGGCCUCCGGGGAGAGCGAGGCACCUGCGCGUCUUGUUUCCCCCAUAGGGCACGGGAGGGCCCGCCGACAGAGGGGACGCGCCGACGCCCAGGCCGAUCGGGCGCCCCGUCAGCCGGGCCCCGCCAACGCUCAAAGGCAGCGAAGGCGGGAAUCCCUGGCUGUUCGGGACGCUCUGGUCGGGCGGGCGGAGGCAGUCGCGACGAUUGCGGACUUGGAGGAGUUCGCGGCUUCGGUCACGAAUUACUUCAAGGAGGAAGCAGCGUCAACCGCUGGCGGGGAGCCGUCCAGAGCCUCAGACCGUCCACGCCGGACGGGUCGGCCUCGAGGGCGUCGAGGGGCGGAGGCAGAGGACGCCGGACUAGGGGGCGCACAACGCGAGGGGGGGAGGGGGCAGCGCCGGCUGACCACCCUAAUUCGGGAGAAAGACGCGGGGGCUGGGGCGGUCCGCGAGGUGUUACAGGGCCCCGCUGACCUUUGCCAAGUGCCGAGGCAGCGGGUGUACCAGCACUUCCGCGGGCUGUACUGCGGCGAGGACCGCCUGGGCGACGCCGGUGCGGAUGCGGAGCCAGCCGAGCCUGCCACGCCGGAGGACGUGGCGUGCCUGACGGAUCCGUUCACGGAGGGAGAGGUGAACCGUCGGCUCCGGCGUAUGACUAACUCUGCGCCGGGCCCCGACGGGCUCACCUACCGUGAUCUCCGUGGUGCUGAUCCCGGCACGCGGCUCCUGGCAGCGCUGUUCAACAUCUGCGUCCGGCUGGAGGUGGUCCCCGCGUCUUGGAAGACCUCCAAUACUGUGCUGGUGCACAAAAAAGGAGACCGCGACGAUUUAGACAACUGGCGCCCCUUAGCUCUCGGCGACACCAUGCCGAAGCUCUUCGCCGCCGUCCUGGCCGACCGUCUGACCGGUUGGGCUGUCGACCAGGGGAAACUUAGUCCGGCGCAGAAGGGAUUCCUAAGGGGCGAGGGCUGCUACGAGCAUAACUUCGCCCUGCAGGAAAUCCUGACUGAUGCCCGGAGGCGUCGCAGACAGGCGGUCCCGCACGCGACGAUCCGCCGCGCAUUCGUUCGAGCCGGUGUGCCACGGAAAGUCAUAGAAAUAUGGCGAUCCAUGUACGACGAUUGCACGACCCGGGUCAACACCGUGGACGGCUUCACCGCGCCCAUCCCCAUCCGCUCGGGGGUGCGCCAGGGAUGUCCCCUGAGCCCCAUCACGUUCGACCUGGCCAUCGACUCGGUACUGCGUGCAGCCACCGCUGUCGGGGCCGGGUACGAUCUGGGUGGGGCUACGUGGGCCGUGAUGGCCUACGCGGACGACAUCGCCUUGGUGGCCGACACGCCCGAGGGGAUGAAGCGGCUUCUUGCCGCGAUAGAGGACGAGGCUGCGUCGGCAGGUUUUAGGUUCAACCCUGCCAAAUGUGCCACCCUGCACAUCGGUGCGGGGCGGGCCGGCCGCGUCCUGCCGACGCGAUUCGUCCUCCAGGGCCAAACGGUGCCCUGCCUGGCAGAGGGGGAGCCUUAUCGGCAUCUCGGUGUCCCUACGGGAUUCUCGGUCGACCAGACCCCGUACUCCACGAUCCGCGGGCUCCUUGAGGACCUUCAGAAGGUCAACCGUUCGCUCCUCACCCCGUGGCAGCGCCUGGAGGUAGUGUCCACCUUCUUACUGCCCAGGCUAGACUUCCUGCUGCGGGGUGCUGCCGUAGGUAAGCGCCCCCUCAAGGAGGCGGAUCUUCAGAUCCGUCGCCUGGCCAAGUCGUGGCUGAAUCUCCCGCAGAGAGCGAGCGCGGAGGUAGUCUACCUCCCACCCAAAUGGGGGGGCGGUGGACUCCUGCCGCUUUGCGACCUGGCCGACUCCUUGACCGUGGCUCACGCGUUCCGUAUUCUUACGGCGGGUGAUGCCGCGGUCCGGGGGCUGGCCUGGUCCUCGCUGCGGGGAGUGGUUCAGCGGCGAAUUGGCCGCGUCCCUGAGCCUGAGGACAUCGCGGCCUUCCUGUCAGGAUCGAUGGAAGGUCGGCUCAGGGGCGGGGGGGAGGCCUCCUUCUGGUCGGACGUUCGGAACGCCGGACGGAGACAAUCCGAGAGGUUGUCUGUGCGGUGGAGAUGGGUGAGGGAGACCGGGGAGAUGACCGUGGGAUGCCGGGGCCUCAGGGGCGCGACGGUGACUGUGCCACCAGGAGCUCGCUCCCAGGUGACACGCAUGCGCUCGGCUGUGUCAUUGUAUUACCGUGAGACAUUGGUCCGAAAACCAGACCAGGGGAAGGUGUUCGAGGUGUCGUCGCGUCAUGCGGUGAGCAAUCACUUCAUGCGCGGCGGCAGCUUCACCCGCUUUGCCGACUGGCGCUUCGUUCAUCGCGCCCGCCUGGAUGUCCUCCCGUUAAACGGAGCCAUCCGGUGGGGGAGCGGUGACCGACGCUGUCGGCGCUGCGGGGCGGAGCUUGAGAGCCUUCCCCACGUUUUAGGUCACUGCGGCGUCCAUGCAGCCGCGAUACAGCUGAGACAUGACGCCGUCCUGCACCGUCUCUGGAAGGCUUGCCGCCUGCCAGGCGAGGUACGCGUGAACCGGCGGGUCGAGGGGGUCAGCGACGGGCUGACGGGGCUACGGCCUGAUCUGGUGAUCAGGCACGAGCCCUCGAAGUGCGUCGUCAUCCUCGACGUGACGGUGCCCUUCGAGAACCGGGCCAUAGCUUUCGAGGAAGCAAGGGCGAGGAAAGUCAUCAAGUACUCCGCCCUUGCCGAGGAGCUCCGGUCUCAGGGGUACCGUGUCGAGGUGGCGGCUUUCGUCGUGGGCGCCCUCGGCUCGUGGGAUCCGGCUAAUGAGGGGGUGCUCGAUCUCCUGCGCGUUUCUAAACGCUACGCGGGGAUGAUGCGCCGCCUCAUGGUCUCGGAUACCAUUCGCUGGUCCAGGGACAUCUACGUGGAGCACGUGAGCGGCGUACGUCAGUACGGAGCUCCUCCACCUCCUCCUGAGGACGGGAGCCUGGCCGAGCCGCCGCAGGCUAUUCGCCGGCGUUGGCCUGAAGCGCUGCGCGGCGAUGACUGCGGUGCCUCGCGAACGCUUA